AUGGUGAUGCGGAAGUUAGAGCUACCGUUGAGCCAGACGCAGAAGGUCAGGUUUGAGAGAGCCAUCGAGCGGCUACAAUCACUGUCAUCGACGGCAAACUCUGACACCUCUGUUAUCGUUACCGGCUCAAUCCCCGUCAACCACGAAGAGUCCUUCCUCAAGGGGCACGGAACUUCCGAGGUCGACGGUGAGUUGCUCGCGACGGUCUGUGGAGUUGUGGAGCGCGUGGAUAAGCUUGUCUAUGUACGCACCUUACGAGCCAGGUACAAGGCUGAGACUGGGGAUAUUGUGGUAGGCCGUGUUAGUGAGGUUGCUCAAAAACUUUGGAGAGUGGAGCUUAACUGUACUCAAGAUGGAGUACUUAAGCUUUCUUCAAUGACCACGACCGAUGAUGUCCAGAGGCGAAGAACGUCUGCAGAUGAACUGAAUAUGCGGAAUAUCUUUGUAGAAGAUGAUGUUGUUUGUGCCGAAGUACGCACCAUUCAGCGUGAUGGCACCUUGGAAUUACAUGCAAGAAGUCACAAGUAUGGAAAGCUCGAGAAGGGACUGCUUCUGAAGGUCGAUCCUUACUUGGUUAGGAAAAGCAAUCAUCACUUUCAUUACAUAGAAAGUCUUGGAAUCGAUUUGAUUAUUGGCCGCAAUGGCUUCAUAUGGGUUGGGGAACACGUGCAAGUUAGAGAUCCUAUGAUGGUUGAUGAUCAAAAGAGUGACACCUACGACGCAGACAGAGAGCAAAUCCAUACUUCACUCGAGACUCGACAAAGCAUAUGCAGAAUGGGGAACGCGAUUCGCGUCUUGGCUAAUCUAGGAUUCACCGUGACUUUAGAAGUAAUCAUGGAGACUGCUAACCUCAGCAACUCGAAGAAUAUCGACAUACACGACAUGCUUGGAUCAGAGUUUCACGUCGUGGUCGCGGAGAGUGAAGCUGAAAGAAGGCGUGCGAAAAGGCAAAAGUGA